UGAACUUGUACGACCACGAGCCGCAGCAGCCACACGCUUCUCUCACCACGCGCAGGCGUGUAUAUAAAGAUGGACGCGCCCCAGGUGCAAUGUUGUCGUCCGCUCCCACUCGCAGGCAUCUGGCCACCGCUCGCUCUGUGCGCAGAGCCACCGAGUCAUCCUCUAGCUUUCUUCAUCCUCAACUUUCAACAAGUCGAGCCUCCACAAGGUAUCCGUCGCCGUCCCGGUCGCAAGAUGUUCUUCCUGCGCUCGGCGCCGCCCGGCCCCGGCCGGGAGCCUCGUACUCCUCCCAAGAAAGAGAAACAGCCCAAAGUUGUCAAGUCUACGCCCCACAAGAUCAGUGCCGUUGAUAGCGUCCAGGACGCCAGUUGUAUGCUCUGGCAACCCAGGCACGAUGAAUUCAUUUACCGGGAGUACACCGAUAAGAUUCAUCGGGACGUUGGUGUCGAGACGUUCAUACGCGCUGUGUUCGGCAUCGGCUGGGAGCACAUACCACCGACUCCGUAUCGCAGGCAGGCUGCGAAGGCAAAGGACGCCGACUGCUACUCGCUCUUGGGGGCCGAUAUCAAAGAAUACCGUACUAGCAGCGACGAGAGAUCCAGCUAUCAGCCGCUUAACCUUAUGGCCAAUGGAUUUUUGACGCAGCUCUAUGGCCCGAACGUGGAGGGCGGCCACGACACUCGUCAAGCAGCCGACGAUACCGAGGCGCGUCGGCAACGGCUCCUCCAUGUCAAACAGCACUGGGAUCGCCCCGACCGUACGCCACGCAUGUACUCGGGCCGCUUCAUUAAACACGACUGCGAAGCUAUCAACGUCCGCAAGUCAAAGGACAAGCCGGAUGGCACCUACGGCAUGUCGAUGGGGAAGCCCGUGUGGGAGUGGGAGUUGGUCCCCAUUGAGGUUGGGAAGAACCACGAAAAGAUCAAGAAGGCGAGUGACGUAUUUGUACGCUGCGAGAAUGGUACAUUCACUAUAUCGCAGGCCACUCGUCCCCGCUCUCAAGCUGAGGGCGAAGUAGCUGGGAACAGUUCUGCUGACAAGACCGGAUCGGACCGUGAAGGCCAGCCCGUAUCAGAGGCGAGGAACGAGGCACCUGAGGACGAGAUUGCGUCAGAUGGUGAGGUCGAGGCGCUCCUCGAAGACGAUGCGCAUACGUCGACCGCAGACGUACCGCAGGAGACCAGCGGGGCCGUUUCCGUGAGCAAGCGGAAGCGCAAGGCCGAGGAGGAGGUCCCGGCACCCGGUUCCAAGCGCCCGCGGCGUACUACGCCUGGCGGACACCGCCGCAUGUCCUCCAAGGAGGUCCAAAUCGUGCGAUACGUGAACCACAUUAUGUCGUCCAAUGUCCGCUCGUAUGCUAUCGGACUCCUCAUCGAAGGGAACGCGAUGCGAGUCGUCUACGGUGAUCGAAUGGGUAUCGUGUUCACGAGGGCGUUCAAGUUCCUGGACAAGGAAGCCCAUCUGUUUCUCCUAGUUCUUGCCGCUAUAGGAGGCGCAGGCGUGCACGAUUUGGGAAUCCACCCGAUCCUCAGCUUCAACGAGCUCAAUAAAGAACGAGAUGUCUUCCACCCUGACCGGGGCUAUGCGUUGUCCAAGGCGCUUGUUCGACUAGAGGUUCGGGAUGCGCAGGGUGUCUCACGCCAGCUCGAGUUCGACAUUGAUGAAGCCGACAAGAUCCGCCCUGUCGACACCGCUUUCGGUCUCAUUGGUCGAGGGACGACGAUAAUCGCUGUAAAGGCCAAGGGUGGCCCAGCGCUCGAGAUGUGCGGGUCGGAACCGCUCGUUGUGAAGGUGGCGUGGCCACACAAGGCGCGUCAGGCUGAAGACAGGAUGAUACGUACUGUUCGUCGGCAAUUGUCCGCGAAGAAAGCGAAAUACCUGGAGUAUGUCGUGGACAUGAAGUGCGCGGUCACGAAGAGCAUCGAGGAGAUGGACCUGCCGCGUGUUGCGAUGGGGACCUACCCCGAGGAGCAAGACCUGCGCGUUUGCCGCACUCUGAUUUUCAAGCGCUACCGACGCUUGGAGGACAUCGGGUCUGCGGAGGGUUUCCACAUUGUGUUUGUGGAUGUCGUUCGUGCUCAUUACUGGGUGUACGAAACGUCGAAGAUACUUCACCGCGAUAUCAGCACCAACAACAUCAUGUGGUUCAUGAAGGAUGGGCAGGUUGUUGGCGUGAUCUGCGACUGGGAUCUCGCGGAAGAUCAUAGCAACGGCGAUGUUCGAACUAUUGAACCCGCGAAAGCGGCGAGCACUUCGUGGUUACCAUGGACGCGCACGGGUGCAAAGACGGCCGAUACGUCGAAUAUACCGAAGAGUCAAGCCAACGCUGAGCAAGUUCCGGGGUCGACGACUGUGCCGUCGGAGAGCGAGCGUCUGCAGAAACCGAGAUACCGCACCGGCACUGGCCCGUUCAUGGCGCUGGACCUUCUACGCGAAGGGGAUCCUCCAGUGCACAAGUAUCGCCACGACCUCGAAUCGUUCCUAUACGUCUACGUUUACACCGUCGCUGGAUACGAUCCGACAAACAAGAUAUUCCAACCGAUCCAGCAAUGGCAACUCGACUCGCUCAUCGCCAUCGGAGACAAGAAGCACAAGUUUCUGACGGAUCCUGUGGAGGCUCGUGCCAUCUUGUCCUCCGGUCAUGACGAUUUCAAGCCGUUGCUUGAGCAUGGAGCAUUCCUGCCGCGGCUCAUCAGCGUCUUUGCACACCUUGAGUUCAAGAUGAAUGACAUCAAGCUUCUCAGCAUCGAUGCAAUGUAUUACACUUCCGCAGAAGAAGCCGAGGCCUCGAUAGGUAAGAUUGAGAGGGAGAGGGACGAGAUGAUUACAUACAGUAAAUUCAUGCGGGUGCUCGGAGCGUCGGAGGAUAUAUAGACUCGGGUUUCUGCCCUCCCUUGACGGCACUUGCGUUGGUCUUCGCAUGUCUUGUAUACACAGCACAAGCGCGAUCAUUAUCUCUCCUUUCCUUGACUAGAUCUCUGGCAUGACGUGUCUCAUCCAUCCGGUGUAUAUUACGCGGUCUUCUAUAGUAUGUAACACACGAUGUCGUUCGCCACCAUCAUGAUGUGUUCUCAACUCAUGGCCCUCGUGCCAUGCCGAACAUAGCGCAUCAUCACAACAACGACC